UACCCAAUCGGUUUUAGUAUAACCAGAUCGCAGAGUGUUCCGAAAAGUUGUAAGUUCCGAGACCGCGAAACAAACAUGACAGAUAAAACAGGUACAGAAGAAUUCAAUGCCGACGAGCUGGAGGCUCCGGCCUGGUUAAACGCCCAGUUCAUUGGAGACGUUCUGAGCAGCUAUGAAAAGUGCCCGGAACUAAGAGUAACAGCUCUACAAAUCACCCCCGCAAGUGCCCAGGGAGAUCACUAUGCCAGCGUUAUGUUCCGAACUACUGCCGAGUAUACCACCUCGAAGGGAAAGUUCAGUAAGCCCCUUAUCAUCAAGACGAUGCCCGAGCAGGAAGGUCACAAGAAGGAUAUGCUGGCCGAGUCACAUUUGUUCUCCACGGAGAUUGGAGCCUACACCAAGGCUCUUCCGGAGUUUGAGAGGAUUCUCCGGGAGGCAGGAGAUGAUACAAAGCUAUAUGUGCCUUGCAUCUACCACAGCUUGGAGCCUCGUCAGGUGAUGAUAUUCGAGGAUCUGGUGCCACAGGGAUACUCUGUCAUUCGAAACAGACCUAUCAAAGAGGAGGAACUGAAAAAAGUCUUUUCCAAAUUGGCCAAAUGGCAUGCUGCCAGCAUGAAAGUUAUGAAUGAGCAACCAGAGUUCAUGAAAGAUUUUAAGUAUGGUUUGGUUGAAAUGCCCGCAUUGAUGUCGGAUCCAAUGGUCACAGGUGGCAUGGCUAGCUUUGUGAAAAUGCUAGAUAAGAUUCCCGAACUUACAAAGUACAAGCCGUUCUUUGAGAAAAUAAGGGAGGAUUACUUACAGCGAAUGGCCGACGUGCUGCAGGAAUACCGAAAGAACUAUCAAUCCGAUGGAUACUACGUAAUGUGUCACGGCGAUUUCCACCUUCGAAAUAUGAUGUUUAAGGACAACGGGGACGUCAUGUUUGUGGAUUUCCAAGUCUGUAAUCUGUGCCCCAUUACAAUCGAUCUGAUUUAUUCCGUCUACAUGCUUAUGGAGGCAGAGCAGCGAUUGGAUCUCGGGAAAAAUUUAAUUAACUACUACUUCUCCGUUCUGGAGGACACUUUGAAAAAAUUGGACUACCAGGCCGAGAUGCCCACACAAUCGGGUCUCUGGAAACAAAUUCAUCGCCACAAGUACUAUGAUAUCUUCCUCAUUUCCACUUUUCUUCCAAUGAUGUUGCCCAUUAAAGCAAAUAAGGUGAAAAUGAACGAUAUAAUUCUGGACCCGAUAACAAGAGAUAAGUGCUACACAUUCGACUUUUACGUUGAUGAAAUCAAGAGGCUCCUUCCCAAGUACGAAGAAUUGGGAUACUUUAAAGAUCUAUGAAAGUAGACAGAAAUGUUGCUUUCAGUUGCAGCUUUUAAAAGUGUGUUAUCGCUUUUAUAGAUUUAAAUUUCCGGCUCACCAAUAAGUUAAUAUUAGGUGCUCUCUAGAAGUAUUUUAAUAAAAUUUUAAAACAA